CACAAAAUUGCAUGUUUCACGCUUGAACAAAUAAGUAGAAAGCUGAAUACUGCAGACCAAAAUACUCCUUGUAGCACGCUUCAAAUUUCGAAACUUUAUACUCGUUUACGUUUCCAAAGAGCUUUUGAAACAUUUCAUGGCUGCUCUAUCGCCUGAUAUGGCAUGUUCACCAUAAUAUGACAGCGACUUUUCUUCAGUUGGACGAUCAUAAGCAUAAUAUUUUCUAUAAAAUUCUAGUUCUUUGGUGAAAAACCGCUGGCAAGUGUGCCAAAAGUUCCGGCUGCCGCCAGUGGCUAGCUCUCAAUUUGAUCCCUGAGAAGGGUAAACCUAUCGUCAUGAAGGCCAUUAAGAUCAAUGAAACUGGAGGUUUGUCUCAAUUGAAAUACGAAGAUGUACCAAUUCCAGAACCGCAGCACAGCGAGGUAAGGACACGAUCGAAUCACCCGUUUGAUUUGAGGACAUAUGCUUUGAUAGGAUACGAUUUUUAGAAGCAGAAUUGAAAAUGUCAUGGUACUAUAAGUCUCACAUAUUAAUUGCUGGAUCUAUCCCUUUCAAAUAUUCUUCUCGCAGCAUUAACGGUUUGUGCGCUAGGAGCUUCAUGGAGUUAUUUUACAGCAACAACGAUAGCCCUCUCUCAAUAUAUACUAGCCCCUACCCAGUGGGGAUUUAAUUUAGUAGGGCGAGGGAACCAUUAAGGGAGGGGAACCAUGAAGGGAGGGUAAGUGUGAGAAGACGAAAGCAAAUUUGAAGUGAAAAUUUGGCGUAAUUUUCUGCAUGCUCCUUCCCCCAGAAUAUUUCUGCACAGUUCCUUACUCUUCCAAAACAAAGGCACAGUCCCCAAAUGUAAUCCAUUAUUUUUUGCCAAUGUUUUAUUUAUCCAAAAAUUGUAUGCAUAAUAAAGUACAGGGCUGAGUGGAAAUCUUAUUUUUCCUCCAACCGAUUGACUCACACAACUUACCUGCCUCUGCUUGACUUUACUAGCUGGCAAAUACUCUUAUAAAAAAAUGAUUCCUGUUUUGUUGAAAAUAUUUUACCCAAUUACAGUGAGCAAUAUGCAACUUGCACCUACACUAUUGUCUGUGUAUUUUAACAUAGAGAGCAGAGUUCUCCUUUUCAGGCAGUAGCUAGUAAAAUUUGCUAUCUCUAGUACCUCUUAUUACUGCUAAAAAGCAGUUUAAGCGCUUGAAAAAUCAUUACGUAAAAGGAUUGUCCUAUCCUUUGGAAAAUUUCAUUUACCUGUUGUGCUUGAAAUAGAGACGAACACUGAGAGCCUUAAACUUGGGAUUUAUUUACACACUGGUAUAUUCACCUAGUUAUUUCAUUAUUUAUAUACUUAAGUUGGCUUUUUGAAACAAUGCUCAAUGAAUCAGGAUACAUCACUGUGAUGAGUGAAUCAUUGAGGCAAUCUUAUCAAAAGUUACCUAUAUGUUUAAUGAAUAGGACAAAUUAUAGAGGUGUCAUCCAGUAGCUUAAAGAAUUAAUGGAUAGCUCAGUGCAGCUGCAGCUGGCUAAGGGAAUUAGUUAACUAAAAGGACAGUUACAGACAUUGUUGAUUUUUUUGCAGGUUUUGAUUAAGAAUCAUACAAGUGGUGUUAAUUAUCUUGAUGUGUAUCUUCGUGAAGGUAUUUUUACUUUACCUACCAUUCCAGCAAUCCUUGGAGUAGAGGGUGCAGGGGUUGUAGAGAAGCUAGGACCUGGUGCUGUUGGUGUGACUGUGGAUGAUCGCGUGGCUUAUUUUCAUCUUGGUUCAGGUUAGUCUGUUGAAGGCUUUGUGGUAAAUGGCUUGACCAUUUAUGCCCUUGUAUCCUAGGUUAACAUAGUUUACAAUGUACAUCAAAAUGAGGGCAUUCUCAUGUAACGCGAGUACAAAAUUGCAACACACCUGUAAAUUAGAAAUAGGAUGCACACACUUUCGAAAUUUUGUCUGUUUUGAUCUCCUGUUAUGUUUUUUCAUGUUCAUUAUUGACAAGUAAUUACAUGAUUUCUCUCGCAGUGUGGUGGAAUAUGCAGUUGUAAAUUUUUCAAAGACUACAAAUUGCACUUGCCCUAUGGGCUUGUUAAAUUUUGUUUUGCUUGUGCAAUUUUGCUUUGUAAUAUCAAAUUGCACUCGAAAUCAUGUUAUUACCUACACUUUGUAUACUUGAUGUUGAGAUCAGCAGGUCAGUAAGAAAUAUAGGUAUGAAAUAUGAGGUGUAAAGACACAAGUCCCUGAUGGGUCUGGAAGUCUGUUAUGGAAAUUUAGAGGCUUUCAGUGAUAUUUUUCAAAAUCUCAUUGAAACACAGUGAGUAAUGUGGUUAUUUGUUAAUGAGGUAAAAAAAACUAGUUGUCUUCUGAUUGAAAGUGUUUUAAUUUAUGCAACGAAAAAGUUCAAAUCAUAUUUUUACAGUCAGUUGCUGUUUGCAACUUUCACACACUAUUUUUUAUUUUACAUUAAAAAAGAAAGCAGCAUAGAAAUCAAAGAAGCCAUUUUCUAAGCCAGUAUGACAUGAUGUGAGAACCUUGGACAGGAAUAUGACGUCAAACUGUAAUGCAGAUACAUUAUGAAAGUCAUGAUUUGUGAUUAAUUUGUACUCAUCCAAGUAUAAUUCUGUUUUAGGAAGUUUUGCAGAAUACAGCACUGUUCCAGUGGAUAAACUUGUCAAAGUGCCAUCAAACAUCUCUUUUGAACAAGCUGCAACAACCAUGAUUCAGGGUAUCACUGCUCAUUACUUGGUUCACACUGUGUACCCGGUGGAACCUGGUACCAAGGUGUUGGUACAUGCAGCUGCUGGGGGAACUGGAUCCCUAAUAUGUCAAGUGGCUAAAAAUGCAGGUAACAAAGUAGUUUAAUUUGGGUUUUCUUGAGAAACAGUUAGCUAGCAUAGAAGAAAAAGACUGCUGACUGCUCCAACAGACCCUGGCUGCUACAGAGGCACUUGAAUAAAAAUGAUUCCUUGAAACCUUCAAAUGCUGGGCACCCUAUAUUACGGAGAUAACUGGCUUGACACAAUGUGUGAUUCUUUGUAAAAGCACAGCUUUGAAAUAUAGUCUCGUUCUGACUUGAGUUAUCUAAUGGCCUACAGCUCUCCCUGUAGCAAUCACUCCCCCUCCAAAGAAAUAUGUUUACAAUAGAUCCCAGUUACUUCUUAUACUUGUGGGUGGGGAAGAGAGAUUUGUUCUUGAAGAAAUAACUCUAUAGCUCUUGAAGAUAAUUAUACCAAGACCUCUUGAAGUUUGAAACACUACACAUUAGGCCACAAAAAUUACCACUUUGGAUUACAUUAACUUAAAAAUUCUAACAAGAAGGGUCAGGAUUUGUUAUAGAUUUGUUAAAAGGGAAUUUUUUUCUUAGGCCUGUUCUCUGUAGUAGGUGGACUUCUGUAGGUUUCUCUAAAAUCAGGCAAUCAAGUAUGAGCUUGAAAAAUGGCCUGAAUAUUUCUGCAAAAAAUAAAUUCACUGCUGUGCCAUGCUGAGCUGCUAGACAUCUCCCUAUUAUCUUUCAAAUACCUGCCAGCUCUUAUGCACCACAUGUGAGUUUCAGGCCUAGGAAUAAAUGAAAACAUUUUUAGCAGGAAAAUGGGAUAAUGUUUAAGGGAAUACAAGCUCUGGAGGUUGUCUUACAUUUCUGUAACAUCUCGUUUCAUCAUUAAAGAUUAUUAAUUUUUUCUUGUCAAAAAAGGCUGGUGCCUCAAACUUCCAAACAAAUAACCUUGGAUUAAUAACCAAGGUUAUUCGCUUUCAUAUUUACGUCUGUGAGCUAAGUUGCAGGAAAACUUGUCAGACCUGAUCUUUAAACUCAGAUUAGUAGUUCAUUCACAUCACAUGUUUAAUAAACUGGAAAGGUAAUCUGUGUUUUCCUGUUUGAUUGAGUCACCAAGACUUGCAUUUCUCAGUGGCUUGUUGUGUUUGAAUACAGGAGGUUAUGUCAUUGGCACAACGAGUACAAAAGAAAAAGCUACCAAAGCAAAGGCUUGUGGAGCUGAUGAAGUUAUUCUGUAUUCUAAUCAAGACUUUGUCCAAGAAGUCAACAGGAUCACGGAAGGUACUGGAGUCAACGUCAUUUAUGACGGGGUUGGAAAGACAACUUUUUACAAAGGCAAGUUGUGCAUCAAAUGAGGCUGUGGUCAUUGCAGUGAAAACAACGCCAAAGAAUUGGUGAAAGUAAAGCCUGAAAAAGAGUUGAGUGGUAAUGAGUUUAAAUUCCGUGCACGCCAGAUUUUUUCCCCUUUACAAGCUUUAUUUUCACAACUGCUUUUAGUUUUGUAUGAAGUGCAUUGAUAUUAUUAGUUGACAAUUUUAUUUCUUGCUCGUUAGAGAUGUGGAUUUCACAUGAAUAAAGUAUUCCCUUUUAUGGACAGAGCUUUCUUGUGGAACACGUGGAUCCUUUUAAAAACUUACAUCAAAGCAUAAUUUUGUACAGGUUUUAAAUGCCUUGCAACACGAGGUACCAUGGUCCUUUUUGGUGGUGCAUCUGGUUACCCAGACUCUCUAGAGCUCAAUCUUGUUUCAUCUGGGUCACACAGUCUCAUUCUUCCAAAGUUAUUCGACUACAUUGCAACGCCCGAGGAGUUGUCAUGGAGAGCUAAUGAUGUGUUUGAUUGGAUCACACAAGGAAAGAUUAAAAUGGAUAAUUUUACCGUGUUUACGCUUUCAGAAGCAAAGAAAGCUUUUGAAAUGCUCGAAGGCAAGAAGACAAGUGGAAAACUCUUGCUUAAACCUUGAAACUGUCUUUGAAACUAUGUGUUCUGAAUGUUAUUAACAAGCUUUCGAUGUUAGUAGAGCUAGCCAGUCAUGUGUUUUUU